UGUCAACAAAAAUUAUGUAAAGUAAGCAAAACGCGGUUAACGCUCUUAGGAAAACGUUUUGGUUUGGACAUAAAAUUAUAAGCAUUUAUUGAAAAAGAAAAUGUUUGCAUCUUCUCGGAACAUGUCUUUGGUUAAGCUAGCAUUGUCGAUGCCGAAGAAUACGACAGGGCUUUGCUCUUCAGGAAGGCAGUUUGUAUCGAGACAGAUUGCCACCAAAGUACAGCCUCUUACACAGCUUACUGAAGAUGAAAUCAUGAUGAAGGAGAGUGUGGCCAAAUUGGCCAGCCAAAUCAUUGCUCCAUUUGUUAAGAAAAUGGAUAUUCAGCAAUCUUUUGAACCAGAUGUAGUCAAUGCCUUGUUUUCAAAUGGGCUAAUGGGGCUGGAAAUUGAUCCAGAGUAUGGAGGUGCAGGAGCCUCUUUCAUGUCAGCUAUCAUUACAAUUGAAGAGUUGGCAAAAAUAGAUCCUUCAGUUAGUGUGUUUUGUGACAUCCAGAACACACUAAUAAACACAUUGCUGCGCAAACUUGGCACUCAAGAACAAAAAGAAAAGUAUCUGCCAAAACUUGCUCAAGACACAGUUGGGAGUUUCUGUCUCUCAGAGGCUGAAUCAGGAUCCGAUGCUUUUUCACUAAAGACACGGGCUAUUAAAACCGGUGACCAUUACAUUAUUAAUGGUACCAAAAUGUGGAUUUCCAGUUCCGAAAUAGCCGGAGUCUACUUAGUAAUGGCUAAUGUGGACCCCAAAGCCGGAUAUAAAGGCAUCACAUGCUUUAUUGUUGACCAAAUUACACCAGGUCUCUCCGUUGGUAAAAAAGAGGACAAGCUGGGUAUCCGGGCCUCAAGUACGUGCGCCGUCCAUUUUGAUAAUGUUCAAGUUCCCGCAAGCAAUAUUCUGGGCGAACUCGGCCAAGGCUAUAAGUAUGCGAUUGGCAUGCUAAACGAAGGUCGAAUUGGCAUAGGCGCGCAAAUGGUUGGAUUGGCCCAGGGUUGCUUGGAUGCCACGGUUCCCUACACUCUCGAAAGGACACAAUUUGGGAAACAGAUAUUUGAUUUUCAGGCUAUGCAGCAUCAGAUCGCACAGGUCGCAACCCAGAUAGAAUGUGCCCGUCUUCUCGUCUAUAACGCCGCCAGAUUGAAGGAAGCCGGUUUACCAUUUGUUAAACAGGCCGCCAUGGCUAAAUAUUUUGCAUCUGAAGUUGCAGCGUUGACCACUUCGAAAUGUAUCGAAUGGAUGGGAGGAGUCGGUUUCACGAAAGAUUACCCAGUCGAAAAGUUUUAUCGUGAUUGUAAAAUUGGUACAAUCUAUGAGGGAACGAGUAACAUUCAGUUGAACACCAUAGCUAAGUAUAUUAAGCAAGAGUACCAAUCGUGAUUCGUCUUUUGGCAAUAGCUUCAUGGAUGACAUUUGGAAGUCAUCAUAUUAUGAUAUGGUUGUCCGUGAUCAGUGUUCGUGAGUCAAUCUCAAACUGUAAAUUGACAGAUCUGUUUAUAUUCCUACAUGAGACAGUGAUGCUACUUCUUGUCAUGAUUAAGGCAGUGUACAAGAAUUGUAAUAAAAAGUCAUCUAGGUAAG